AUGAACAUGCCUUGGCUCCAUCACGCCAAAGCCGCCGCGACGGACUUCGUGCGCGAGCUCUGGUCCACCGACGGCCUCCUCAAUUAUCUUACAGCAAAGACCUAUUUCCUCAUCGUCGCGCUGUAUCAAGUACCAUCCGCCGAAACUUGGCGCUUGCAGCUUCGAGAGCUGGCCACUGUGGAGCGUAAUGUCAACAUCACCCACGGUGCCGUCAACUCCAUAGGGAGCAGCGUUUCCAUGUGCCUCUUGCCCGCGGCGACACCCAUCCAAGAGCGCAUUGCUUCUGACCGAUCGGAAGUCGCUCAUGCGGUGUCAUCAAGCUUAAACGCUGUGCGCCGCGUCAGGUUGGCCAGGUCGGCCUUCCUCAUCGAGCUGGUCCGUACCAAAGACAUCCGUACCAACAAGGUCCUCAGCACAUCCCUCGAAACAAAGAUGCAUCGACUCCUCCGCGCACUGGAGCAAGUGCCGUCCACAGACUCAUGGACGCACCAACUGGAAGAGUUGGCGCUUGACGACCAAUGUGCUUACGACACUCAAGCACACAGCGUCCACGGCAUUGCAAGUGUUACCUCUCACCUUGUGGAUGCACCCAUCCCUACUCCAAAUCCUUCGGAAGUCGCCACGGCGGCAUUGGGUAAACAUAGUGAUGGCCACGAUCAAGAAGACCUGGGCGUUGCCCCCACAGAAGUCGUCGACGACGACGAAGGCGAUGUGCAGCAUGCCACCACCGACGAAGCCGACCUUCUCAAGACAUUUCCCGUUCGACAUCGGUACGCUGCAAUCAACUCGACAGUCGUUGGGUACAAGUCCGUGCCCUUCCACGGCGAGGACGUGCGGCUCUGGCGACAGCAACGACUGGCGCACGUGCUGCCCACCGUGGCCGAGAAUACGGUCGGCCCGUCGGACCAGCUAGGCAAGCGGUUCCAUAGCCGUAGCAAGACCUCCCCGAAGGCGACUGCAGACGACACGGACGAUGACACGGCGGACAAGACGCCGGACUUCUGGGGCGAAGUGCUCAACCCGUCGAGUUGGCCGCACAUUUCGCCUCCGACGACCCCGCCCCCAUCCAACGUCGCCACUGCCGUGUUUGGUGAACAUAGUGACGGCCACGACCAAGAAGACCUGGGAUUUGCCCCCACUGCCGUGUUUGGUGAACAUAGUGAUGGCCACGAUCAAGAAGACCUGGGCGUUGCCCCCACAGAAGUCGUCGACGACGACGAAGGCGAUGUGCAGCAUGCCACCACCGACGAAGCCGACCUUCUCAAGACAUUUCCCGUUCGACAUCGGUACGCUGCAAUCAACUCGACAGUCGUUGGGUACAAGUCCGUGCCCUUCCACGGCGAGGACGUGCGGCUCUGGCGACAGCAACGACUGGCGCACGUGCUGCCCACCGUGGCCGAGAUAACGGUCGGCCCGUCGGACCAGCUAGGCAAGCGGUUCCAUAGCCGUAGCAAGACCUCCCCGAAGGCGACUGCAGACGACACGGACGAUGACAAGGCGGACAAGACGCCGGACUUCUGGGGCGAAGUGCUCAACCCGUCGAGUUGGCCGCACAUUUCGCCUCCGACGACCCCGCCCCCAUCCAACGUCGCCACUGCCGUGUUUGGUGAACAUAGUGACGGCCACGACCAAGAAGACCUGGGAUUUUCCCCCACUGCCGUGUUUGUGCUCAACCCGUCGAGUUGGCCGCACAUUUCGCCUCCGACGACCCCGCCCCUAUCCAACGUCGCCACUGCCGUGUUUGGUGAACAUAGUGACGGCCACGACCAAGAAGACCUGGGAUUUUCCCCCACUGCCGUGUUUGGUGAACAUAGUGAUGGCCACGAUCAAGAAGACCUGGGCGUUGCCCCCACAGAAGUCGUCGACGACGACGAAGGCGAUGUGCAGCAUGCCACCACCGACGAAGCCGACCUUCUCAAGACAUUUCCCGUUCGACAUCGGUACGCUGCAAUCAACUCGACAGUCGUUGGGUACAAGUCCGUGCCCUUCCACGGCGAGGACGUGCGGCUCUGGCGACAGCAACGACUGGCGCACGUGCUGCCCACCGUGGCCGAGAAUACGGUCGGCCCGUCGGACCAGCUAGGCAAGCGGUUCCAUAGCCGUAGCAAGACCUCCCCGAAGGCGACUGCAGACGACACGGACGAUGACACGGCGGACAAGACGCCGGACUUCUGGGGCGAAGUGCUCAACCCGUCGAGUUGGCCGCACAUUUCGCCUCCGACGACCCCGCCCCCAUCCAACGUCGCCACUGCCGUGUUUGGUGAACAUAGUGACGGCCACGACCAAGAAGACCUGGGAUUUGCCCCCACUGCCGUGUUUGGUGAACAUAGUGAUGGCCACGAUCAAGAAGACCUGGGCGUUGCCCCCACAGAAGUCGUCGACGACGACGAAGGCGAUGUGCAGCAUGCCACCACCGACGAAGCCGACCUUCUCAAGACAUUUCCCGUUCGACAUCGGUACGCUGCAAUCAACUCGACAGUCGUUGGGUACAAGUCCGUGCCCUUCCACGGCGAGGACGUGCGGCUCUGGCGACAGCAACGACUGGCGCACGUGCUGCCCACCGUGGCCGAGAUAACGGUCGGCCCGUCGGACCAGCUAGGCAAGCGGUUCCAUAGCCGUAGCAAGACCUCCCCGAAGGCGACUGCAGACGACACGGACGAUGACACGGCGGACAAGACGCCGGACUUCUGGGGCGAAGUGCUCAACCCGUCGAGUUGGCCGCACAUUUCGCCUCCGACGGCCCCGCCCCAUUCAAACUUGGCAUAA